CCCUAUCAAAUCAAAUCCGGGACAGAACUUCGCUUUUGUGAGAUAUAUACUUUACGUUUUACUAUUACUUAUUAUAUUACUUAAAUAAGGAAGCAUAGCAAAAAUGUAAAAAGAGUAAUGUGCAACUUUGUUUCUUAGACAAUGGGUAAAUCAAGUUCUCCGUAGGUGGCAAGUUAUGUUGAUGUUGAUGUGUCCAUUACGAGUGUUUAUUUCUCGAAGGCUGCUUCGGUUUCUCUGAGGCUUUCCAGUUUGUGCGCAGUGACAAAAUGCAUGAAUUGCUUAAGCACGUACUAAACGAGCGAGACUUGACUCGUGCCGGCGAUCUAUUUGCCAUCCCGGAUUCGGAAAUCGUCGACGAUUUAAAUGAAGUUUUAAAACAAAUAACAGAAAUAUCAUCAAGACCCGACUACUGUCGCAACGACCGGGAUCAGGCACUGAUAGAGAUAUGUGUUACUCGCACAACUUCCUGUAUCAAAGAGACUGGGACACUGCCCAAGUACUGUGCGGCUCUGGUGUCAUUACUUGAGUCCUGUUUGCAUCAUAACUUAAUGCCGGUGGGUCAUCUCAGAGAUGAUGAUCCACCACAUGCUAAAAUUGCCUCAGAUAUCAUAGCAUGUAUUGUUCUGGUUUCAUUUCCGCUACAAUCAGACAAGGAAACAAGUGGCAAUAAAGAGGUGAUGGAACUCUUCCUACCUGUUGCGGUGCAGUUUCUACAUAAAGGCAACAGAGAGAUAUCCCGGCAUAUGGCUCGCUACUUGUCUCUGGCAGCAGUCCAUCAUGCUCCAUUACUCAAGCCACAUGUUCAGACAAUUAUGGACUCUAUUAUGUCAGGAAACUACCCACUGUGUCGUAUAUUAACAAACUUGUACGAAGUAUGCCCAGAGCCAUUGGAAGGACAUGUCACCGCACUAGUUUCACUUUUGCCUCAUGCAGAACAGGUGGAGAAGAAUUCCCUAUUUGCGCUAUUUGAGCAGAUAGCUGUGCGUCGUCCUGAAGCGCUGAAGACAUGUGUGCCACAGCUGCUGUCAUACCUGUGUCCACACACUGCCAGCCAGACAGACCCCUCCUGCAUGUGUAUUGAUCUGCUACAGCUGAUGGUGUGCCUGAGCCGCAGCCGCGCGUCUCUGGUGUGCGAGCACGGAGCGGCGGUGCGGCGCGCGGCGCGGCCCCCACACGCCACGCCCACCGCCAGCGCACUCGUCGCCACCGUGCUCGCACAGCUCGGACACACCAGCAGGGAGCGAGCACAGGAGGCGCUCAACUUUGUGGUGGAGCGGCUGUGCGGAGCUGGCGGGGGCGGCGGCGCGGGGGCGGAGCGCGCGGAACAGGCGGCGCUGCUUCGCUCCGCCACCGCACUCUGCUCCGCCUACCCCGCACUCUUCACCGAUCGUCUGCUCGCCGCACUGCGCGCAAACAACAACAGUCGUCCGAAAUCAACGAUAUCGCACAGCGAAGUGAACAGAACGUCUGGGGGCGUGACUAUAGUGAAACUGGGAGGUGCAGCAAGCAACAACUCGGGGGCGGUGAUACCGACCCCCUCCUCCAACACGAGUGUGACCACGCCCCCUGUCUCGACCGCCACACCCUCAAACCCGCCUGUCACGGGCGGGUACACGAGACGAGCCAAGUUAGGGGAUUCUAGAAGCACGGGUCGUUUGCAUACCGGACCUAACUCGCAUAGAAGUAUGACCAGGCUCAAUGUCGCCGGAGGAUCAGUGGGUGGCCUGCACAAGAGUAUGACGCGACUCUCUUCCUCGCAGCAAAUAAAUCUCAUCAACGCAAACCAGCCCGCAGCCGGUGUAGGCAAGGGCAGCAGCGGGGGCGUGGCGGUGCCGGGCUCGCCGCCGCGCGCUCCUCGCCAGCCCGCCCGCCAUCAUCACCACAACAUACUCAUAGGACCCUCCACCUCCACGAGCACGGGCCCGACUAUAAUAUCGGGGCCGCCUCUCCAAACACAAUCUAUAUCCGUCAAUCCCCUGACGACGGGCAAGUCGACGGACGGUCUGACGCCGCUCACCUCCUCCGUCUCUAUACAACAUUCCAAUUCAGCACUGGGACAAAUAUCCGUCAUAUCCUCCACACAACCUUUACCAAACAACGGGUCUGCGCCGCCCGCCGGCAACCCGGUGUCCAUCUCCGGCCCGGUCACUGUGACGUCACGGCGCGCCAACAACACCAGCGUCACCAUGAUCAACUCCAGCUCGAGCGCGAACAGCGCCGCGAACGCGAACACGAACGCCAACCACCGCAUCAGCGUGUUCGAGCCGUACCCGAUGCGCGACACCGUGCAGCACUUCUGCGAGAAGCACCUCGACAAGAUCAAGGCGUACAUGGACAACGUGUCGCUCCGACUGCCGCCGCCCGCCAAGUGCACCAUCGAAGAGCGGCGUUCGAAGAAGCAGGCGCGGCUGCAGUUCGCGUGCGGGCGACGCGGGCCGCACUGCCUGUACGCGCGUGCCGCGUUCUCGAUGCGCACGCGAGCGCCGCGCGUCUGGAUACACCUGAUGUUCCUGGCGCUGCAGGCGCGCCACGCCGCCGCGCUCUCCUCGCGCGACCCCACCGUCGCCAGCCUCAAGCACUGCUGGGACAUCCUCAAGUGCGAGAACAAGACCUUCCUCACGCUGGUCACCGGCGCCUUCCCCGCCGCCAAGGAGCAGGAGAUGCUGGUGGCCGAGCUGCGCGCCGCAGGCUUCUUCGACGUGUUCGAGCUGAGCGGCGCCCCGCCCGCGCCCACCGCGCCCACGCACGCCACCUGGGGCUGCUUCCUCUGCACGCGGCCCGAGCGCGCAGUCGGCUUCCUCGCCGCGGAGACGCCCGUCAUCGAGGGUCAGCUCAAGGAGAAGAAGGGUCGCUGGCGGCUCUUCCGUCGCUGGCGCACCAGGUACUUCACCCUCUCCGGACAUCACCUCUCCUGCAAGGGCGCCAGCGGAGGGGAGAGCAUAGACAUAAAUCAGAUCCGUUCGGUGAAAGUGUCGCGAGGCGCGCGCAACAUACCGAAGGCGUUCGAGAUCUUCACAGGCGACCAGACGCUGAUCCUGAAGCCGAAGGACGGCAAGAACGCGGAGGAGUGGGCGCAGUGCCUCAGCAUCGCCGUGGCGCACUCGCACGCGCGCGACGCUCCCGCCAAAGCCAACAGUCUGCCCGCACGAGGACUCACACUCAAGAGCUUCUGAACACUCUUCUCACAUCACUCUUCUACAUGUACGUGCUCAAUUUAUUUAUUUAUAAUUUGUUAUUUAAUAACAUAUAAAAUACGUAUGUCUUCUUUGUUAAUGUCAGUGUUAUAGAAGCAGACAAAUAUAGCUCUUAUGGUAGUGUUAAUAGAGUUGUGUGUUGAUGACAAUGAUACAGUUCAAAAUAUAGAUCAUAAGAUAAAUAUAAACAAUAUAUGUACUUAAAUAAUACUUUACCGCUAUUAAAAUUAACUGUCGGGUCACGGUUUUCUUAUAAUUUUGCGAUAUUUUCAUUAACUAUCCAAACUGAGAUAGUUUUCUGAAAUGUUGCCUUUGCAAACUAACAACAUCGUCAAAUUGAAUUAAAUCAAAUCCGUAUUUAAACCUCUAUACAAAAUACCCAGUCUAUACAAAACUUAUCUUACUCGAAUUUAGUUAUAUAUAAUUUUCUAUCACUUAACUUGCCAAAUUAUUUGCCCAUUAAUAAAACAAAUAGUAAAGCCAUGUACUUAUAGUUAUUAACAAUACUUUUUACACUUUUUUUUUACUUCCCCAUAAGCUAAAUCAAAGAAUUUAUUGCAUAUAAGAUUUAGAAUGAAGUAAGAAUAGUAUAGUUAAAGACAAGUUAUUAAUUAUUUUGUAAUAAAAAGUAAUGAUUAAUAUAUUAAAUCAUUUAAUAAUAAUUCUAUUCAUAUUUCGAUGGCUCCUACGUAGACUAUCAUAAGUCAAAAAUUAACGAUUUAUUCGUGUUUUAUGGUUUUAAAAAUAACUUUAUAAAUACUAAUUUCUGUGUAAAAA